AUGGCUGUCAACUGCAAGGAGGCAGACAGGGCCCAAGCAGCAGGUGGGGGAGGGGGGCCCCCAGGGGCCCCGGGGGCCCCUGGGGGCCCCCCUCAGGACAUGUUUGCUGCACCAACGCCGAAGGGCCAUGCAGCGGGUGCCUCCCCUGCUGCAGCAGCAGGCAGCAGGAGAAGCAGAGCUGCUGCUGCAAGGAAGCAGCAGCAGCAACAGCAGCAGACUGCUUACUCUCCUGAAGGAAGCACCAAGGCCCCAGAUAUAGACAUCGCGGCGUUGCAGCAAGGAGAGGGAGAGGAGGAGGAAGCAGUGGACUCAGCCACAGACACACGAACAGAUGAAGGAUCUGUACGCUCUUUUGCUGCUGCUGCUGCUGCUGCUGCUGCUGCUGCUGCUGGUGGUGGUUAUACUUGUGCUGCUGUUGCUGCUGCUGGUGAGCAGCAGCUUGCUUUCUAA